AUUACAGAGACAGAGGCAAAAUCUCAAAGUACAAUGAAGUUCUUGGGAGAGACAUUAGCGCAAGUUUCGUUGUUGGCUCUUCUAUUUGUUGCUGGUGGUUCUACGGCGGCGUGGCAACCAACUCUUGACUGCCAAACAAAAUGUGGCAACCUCACAAUCGAGUAUCCUUUUGGCACUUCUCCAGGUUGUUACCACGAUGAAAGCUUUCUCAUCACUUGUAACCAGACAGAGACAGAGCAAAAACCAUUCUUGAGAAAAGGCAACAUUGAAGUUAUCAACAUUUCUCUCAACGGGGAGCUACGCAUCUUGAUGAAUAGUUCCCGUGCUUGCUACAACAAGACGGGAACACUUAUCGACUAUCAAGACCAUUAUAUUCAACUCACUCAUUUUGCCCUCUCCAUCAAGAACAUGAUUACUGCCGUAGGCUGCGAUUCUUAUGUCUAUCUGAACAAGAUGGGAGUAAGAGAUUCCUCAACUGGAUGCUUGUCAGUUUGCAACUCCACUCCACCAAAUGAUGGAUUGUGUUCUGGUGAUGGUUGCUGCCAGACCCCUAUCCCUAUUGGAACUAGCUACUUCGCGGUAAAACCAUACAGCUUUAAUAAUCACACCGAUGUAUUUCAAUUUAAUCCUUGCAGCUAUGCUUUUCUUGUUGAAGAUGGUUCUUUCAACUUCUCUGCCUCUAAAGAUCUUGUAAACUUGCGGAACACUACAAGAUUCCCUGUGGUAGUAGAUUGGUCCAUUGGUGACCGGAAAUGUGACCAAAUUGAAAACAAUAAUAGCUCAUGCAGAGAGAACAGCAUUUGUGUCAAUUCUACUAGUGGAUCUGGUUAUACCUGCGAAUGUAAAAAGGGCUUUGAAGGGAAUCCUUAUCUUGGCUGCCAAGACAUCGAUGAGUGUAGCAAGGAUAAACAUACAUGUGCCACGCAAGAAAUAUGUCACAACAAUAUUGGAUCUUUUCAUUGCAAGAAGAGACAAGAAUUGAGUAUAAUUGUUCUUGUUACAGAGCUGCCUUACGACCCUAGAACAUCAUUUGCGACCAAAAGUAACGCUACGGAGCAGCAAGAUUCAGCUGAAACUUCUCGCGAUCACAACCCAUGUGCUGUGAAACUAAUCGAGAUGCCGAGCUUCAGUGGCCGAGGAAAUGAAAGCUGGCUAAAUACUCACCUCUCUCGAAACAGCACCACCGCGAAGCCAACCAUAAACCAAGACCAAAACUCUUCAAAUCCACCUCGGAAACAGCCGGAACACACGAAAAACCAGCAUCAGCUCCCAAUCCAACAAGAACAGAGCCAAAGAAACCAGAUUGGCGAGUUAAAGAGCCAAAACGGGAAAUCAACCUCCAAGAGCAAACCGGAGAUCAAAAACGGAGCCACCGGGGAACAGAUCCAUUUAGGAACACCACUGAUCCACCAACAAUCCACCGAGAUAGUCUCCACGCUGAGUAGAAACACCAACACCAGGGAAAGGGGAAGGAGAGAAGACGAAUCGACUAGGGAAAUCAACGCCAUAAAGGGAAACAACAACAUCUACACAACGAAGAAGCUACCAGAAGGGGGACCGACGACUGUGCUGUGGAAGCCACCAGCCGCCGGACAACGAAGAAGAUGGUGAGCUUGACGGCUAGGGCGAACUUUGGGGUAGAGAGGAAAAAAAAUUCGACUCCCACUUGCCCUAUAAAACCGGAAAAGAUUCAAAUCAAGAUUUAUAUACUUAUAAAAUUCGAAUUCAUUU